UGGACCUCUCUCGCUCCGUCAUCAUCAGCCUCGCCGCCAACAGCUAAGCUGCCCACCACCACCACCACCACCACCCCUCCUCAUCCCUCCUGCUCCUCGUCUGCCUCUGCAAACCAGCUCAGCCUUGCCGCACCUGCGAUUCUUACUUACUACCACCACCGCCACUUGCACCAGCACCAGCACCAGCACCAGCACCAGCACCACCGUCAUCGCUGUCCUCACAAACCGCCAACAUGUUGAUCAAGGUGCGAACGUUGACGGGCAAGGAGAUUGAGCUCGACAUCGAGAUGGACUACAAGGUGCUUUUCUCUCUCUUCUCUUUUUGUUUCUUCGACCCCGGACGAACGCGCUGCGCUAUCUGUUCUCUCCGCAAGGGACAGGAAGAAAGCAACCGGGAAAUUAAAGACUUUACCGGUUGCGGUUUUAUGAGCUUUGGGCUGACUGAGCGCGCGCGUGCGUACGACUCGCAGGUCUCGCAGAUCAAGGAAAAGGUGGAGGAGAAGGAAGGCAUCCCGCCCGUGCAGCAGCGCCUCAUCCACGGCGGCAAGCAAAUGACCGACGAUAAGACCGCGGCCGAGUACAACCUCUCGGCAGGCGACACGCUGCACCUGGUGCUCGCGCUCCGCGGCGGGAGACGCUGCUAAGCGGGCGAGCGAGGGGAACGGACAGACAAACGAACAAACAGCCGAAACGAAACGAAACGAACCACAGCGAGAGCGGAAUCAUUCGGGGGAAAGGGAAGGGGCGAGCCGGGGGCGUUUGCGAGCCAACAACAGAACAAGGGCGGGGGGAUGGAGGCUGCUGCUCGCGACGGCGACGACGACG